AUGUAUGACUUUAUUGUGGUUGAGGAUACUGAUCUGAUGGAUGUAAUAGUUAAUGGUCAUCAUGUUCCUGUUAGAGAGGUCAAAGAAGGAGAUAUAAUAAGGAUGUUUGUCAAAACCAGGAGAGAGUUUGACAAUGAAGAUCAAAACAAAGUUAAGAAGAAUUACAAAGCAAAGAAAUUGCUUGUCUGUGGCAUAGGACCUAAUGAAUAUAACAGGAUCUCCACCUGUGAAAAUGCUAAGAAGAUCUGGGAUUGCUUGAGAACUACUCAUGAAGGCACCAAUGAUGUGAAGGAUUCUAAAGUUGAUAUGCUGAAUACUCAGUAUGAAGCCUUCACCAUGAAAGAAGGAGAAAGUAUCUAG